AUGGAUGAAGACAGGCAACAAGUCAUUCUUCAUACAAUGUUGGCUUGCAUUUGGAUUAUGUAUGCUAUUCGAAAAAUGUUUUUUGACAUGUUUAGUGUGGCUGCAUGUGACACUAAAUACAUUCAUGAUCGGUCGUACACCCUUGAUUUCCAUAAGAAAAGAAGGCGCCUUAGGGAGAUGGUGUAUGGUAGUGAUAUAACUUGCUUUAACCAAACGAGGAUGUAUAGAACUACAUUUUUUCGGCUCUGUAGCAUGUUAGAGACUAUAGGUGGUCUUAAACCGACUCGGCAUAUGUUAGUGGAUGAGCAAGUUGCGAUAUUCUUGCAUGUACUUGCUCACCAUAUGAAAAAUAGAGUUAUUCAAUUUGAGUUUGGAAGGUCAGGAGAAACCAUAAGUCAAUAUUUCAAGAUAGUUUUAAAAGCAGUUGUUCGCCUCCAAGGGGAGCUCUUUAAAACACCUGAGCCAAUUCUUGAAGAUUCAGUUGAUGAGAGGUGGAAGUGGUUCAAGGGCUGUCUUGGUGCACUUGAUGGAACUCACAUAAGGAUUCAAGUGCCUGCAGAAAUAAAGGGUAGGUAUAGGAAUAGAAAGGGGGACAUAACUACCAAUGUCCUUGGUGUUUGCUCUCAAAAUGGUGAAUUUAUAUUCAUAUUUCCGGGAUGGGAAGGGUCUGCAGCUGACAGUAGGGUGUUGAGGGAUGCAAUUGCUAGACCAAAUGGUUUCAAGGUCUCUCAAGGAAAUUAUUAUCUAGUUGAUGCGGGAUACACAAAUUGUGAAGGCUUCCUUGCUCCAUAUAGAGGACAACGAUAUCAUUUAAGUGAGUGGCGUAAUGGAAGACAUCCUGAAUCUCCGCAAGAGUGUUUCAACAUGCGACAUUCAUCUGCUAGGAAUGUCAUUGAACGAGCAUUCGGGAUCUUAAAGAUGCGUUGGGCAAUAUUGAGAAGCCCAUCAUAUUACCCUAUUCGAACUCAAAACCGAUAUAUCGUUGCUUGUUGUCUAUUGCAUAAUCUUAUUAUGCGAGAUAAUAUGGAUGACCCCAUUGUGGCUGAAUUUGAUUCAAUAGAUCAACCAAAUCUCCAAGAGGAUAAUAAUCCAAUAUUAACCAUGGAACCAUCAAACGCUUGGGGUGCUUUUCGAGAGAAUAUGGCUAAUGAAAUGUUUCAUGCUUUUAGGGCUCGUAGGAGUAGUAGAUAA